GUGAGCGGCUGCUCGGUUCCCAGCGCUGGGGUGCUGAGCCGGGCCCCGGGUCCGCAGCGAAACAUGCUCCGUGCCCGGCCCGCGUGCGGCGGCGGCCUGCUGAGGCGGCCGGGGCCCGUUGGGCGCCGCGGGUACUGGCGGACCGUGGGGCUGACCGAGAGCAUCAUCUCGGAGCUGGACACGGACCAUCACUUCGUGCACAGGAGCACGAUCCCCACCAUGCACUUCCAGGACAGCCUGCCCAGAUUACCUGUUCCAAAAUUGGAGGAUACUGUGAAGAGAUAUUUGGCUGCUCAGAAACCUCUAUUGGAUGAUGAUCAGUACAGAAAUACUGAAAGAAUUGCCAGGGAGUUUGAAAAAGGAGUGGGCAGGAAGUUACACCGAGAUCUUGUUGAAUUCGAUAAAAAGAAUAAGCAUACAAGUUAUAUAUCAGAUCCCUGGUUUGAUAUGUAUCUCUGUGCGAGAGAUCCUGUUGUUUUAAACUUCAACCCUUUUAUAUCUUUAAAUCCUGAUCCAAAAGAAGCAUACAACAGCCAGGUAGUGAGGGCAACAAAUCUGGUAGUAUCAUCAAUAAAAUUUCUUAACUCUCUAAAUAAUGAGCUUUUACGGCCAGAUAUCUAUUAUGUCAAUCCAAAAUGGAGCCAGAGUAGGCUCUUCAAAAAGUUUAUUCGCCUUCUUCCAACCUCUGUGUCUUGGUAUGGAGCUUAUAUGGUAAACGCAUAUCCCUUAGAUAUGUCACAAUAUAAGCGUCUCUUCAACAGUUCCAGAAUUCCUAAAUUAAACAAAGAUGAACUUUUUACUAAUGAAUUGGGAAAACAUUUGUUGGUGAUGAGAAAUGGACAUUUUUAUGUUUUCAAUGUUUUGGAUCCUGAUGAUAAUAUUCUGCAUCCAUCUGAAAUCCAGGCUCAGUUAAUUUAUAUUUUACAAGAUGCAGAUCGCUUGCCUGAGUUUUCCCUUUGUUAUCUCACCACAGAAGACAGAAAUACUUGGGCAGCAGUAAGACAACAGCUUCUCGAAGCAGGCAAUGAAGACAACUUACGAAAAAUUGAUAGUGCAGUUUUUUGCCUAUGCUUAGACAAUAUUUCCCCAAAGGAUGAUACUGAGCUUUCACAUUGUAUGCUUCAUGGACGUGGUUUUAAUCGUUGGUUUGACAAAUCCUUUAGUCUGAUUAUCACUAGUGAUGGCACUGCAGGGGUAAAUUUUGAGCAUUCUUGGGGAGAUGGAGUUGCAGUACUUCGUUUUGUUAAUGAAGUAUAUAGAAACAGUACAAGGCACCCAGCUAUUGUACCCCAUUCUAGUCCUGCUGCAUUAAGUGCUACCAAGUGUGAGAGACUGGAGUUUAAAUUGAAUGAUUCAAUCCAAUCUGCUAUAAAUGCUGCACGUACGAAAUUUGAAGAAACAAAUGAGAAAAUAUCUGUGAGGAUGUUUGAAUUCAGAAAGUUUGGGAAAGAAUUUUUAGUGAAACAAAAGCUGAGUCCAGAUGCUGUUUUUCAACUUGCAUGUCAGAUAACUGCUUAUCGACAGUUUGGAAAAAUUAUUUCUUCUUAUGAAGCAUGUAGCACUGCUGCUUUUAAACAUGGCCGCACGGAAACUAUUCGACCCACGUCUAUAGUAACAAAACAAUGUUCACAUGCAUUUGUUGACGAACGAAGCAAACACAGUGUAGCAGAACUGAGAAAUAUGAUUGAUGAAUGUUCAAAAUAUCACAGACGGUUGCAACUGGAAGCUGCAUUAGGUAAAGGAUUUGAUCGCCAUUUGUUUGCAUUAAAACAUCUUUCAGUGUCCAGAGGUGAUCCUACUCCUGAACUAUUUCUUGACUCAGCCUACCGAAAACUAAACCAUAUUAUCCUUUCAACUAGUACGCUACACAGUCCUGCAAUUCAUCUUGGUGGAUUUGGGCCAGUGGUGCCAGAUGGUUUUGGAAUUGGAUAUAAUGUAUUUGAUACGUGGGUAGGAUGUAACACAACUGGCUAUUUAAGUAGAGAACUACGAGAAUUUCUUAGAUGCCUUGAGUAUAGUUUAAAUGAUAUUUUAGAUGUUUUAGAAGGAAGACCUCUUAUGUAAUAUAAGUGAUCGUCAAUAUUAGCAAUUAUUUUAAAACUAAUUUCUGACCCAUAAAAAUAACGGUGCAAAAUCAGCAGCAGAAAUCUAAUAAUGAGAAUAAGCUAUUGGGAAAUAUGCUUUCUACGUCUGUAGAAAGUAACUACAAAAGAAAGGGAAACUCUGAAACCUUUAUUAGUGGACUGACAAGAUAAUGUUAAAAUGUUACUCUGUUUUUAUCCCUUUU